CAAUGUCAGUUUGUUUGACCCAAAACCAUCAGUAGGCACUUACCCGAGCAGCUGACCAGCCACGAACGUAAACCGAGGAUCAAAAACAAUGUCUCAGAAUCGUUCACAGCCUGAAAAGGUAAACCAAAUUUCGGUAUUACAUAAAAUGAUAGGCGUCCAAAAAAAGAGACCAGCCCCCGGAGAUUACAUCGUGCCCAACAACUCGUCGCUGAAUCUCAUACGGAAGACCGGGCCCUACGAUCCCACGCCCAACGCCAUGGAAAAAUCUCCCAAAGGCGGCUCCGAUGCCAAGUGUCGUUACUGUGAGAACAUGGCCAAGAACUUCCUAUACCUGGAGAGCCUCAUCCGCAACAACGGCGACAAGGGUGAUAAGAAGUGCUCCCUGUGCAACUCGUCGCUCAAGUAUCUGGAGUAUGUGAACCGCAACAUUCGCCAGGUGUUCGGCAACUUUGAUGCCGUCGUCCAGGCCGAUCGCGCCCUGGCAGCCAAGCCGGCCACGCUGCCCAAGUAUUCAGUAACCGCGCCUCCAGAGAAGGUUGAUAUACGUGCCAAGGGUGGUGCCAUCAUAUCCGCCCAAAAGUCUCUAAAGAGCCUCAAGACCAAGGCCGCUUCGCUCAGGGUCAAGUCUAAGACCCUGGACAAGCUUAAGGGAUUCAAGGGCCAAAAGUCGCUCAAAUCUCUCAGGUCGCUCAGGUCAUCCAAGUCAGCGAAGUCAACCGGGUCAACCAGGUCAAACAAGUUAACCAAGUCAACCCUCAAGUCAAGCAAUACGACGAAGACCUCGAAGUUGACCAAGCCCCUGAAGGCCCAAAAGUCUCCGCUGAAGCUGGCCAAGUCUGCGUCCAAGAGUCUGCGCAAGAACCUAUCCAAGUCGAAGUCCGUGGGCCCUAAGAGAAAGGUCGGUCAUGGCAAAAUGGUCCUCAAGAGCAAGUUCCGUAACAAGGCCGCUUCGAAGGUGGGGCUCAACAAGAUGGUGCGCAGCGUCAGCCAGUACCGCGGCCUGGCCGCCAGCCGCUCCAAGCUCUCCAAGGGAUACAGCCACAAUAAGCUGGUCAAGCAACGCUCCGCUGCUCCUCCCACCAGCAUCAACUGGCGGCUUCUCAAGCAGAACCUGCCCAAGCGGAAGCCUACUCUCGUCAAGUAGAGGUGAACUCCGGAAGGAUAACAGCAUUCCGCUUUCUCGAUACAUCAAAAUUGUUUAUGAAAAUGAUCAAUGAGUUUUUGCAAAUUUAAAUCAAAUAAUAAAAUUUAUGAUUAUUUUA